GUCUUUCUUGGAGCUUUGCACAUGUAUCUCAUCUCUCCCUGGCCUCCGCUCUGUAGCUUGCCAAGCCCCCAGAAAGCAGGGUGGGCCUCUCAGCAGUGGACCUCUCCUUUUGCCUCUUUCUCCAGGUCACUGGUCUUCUGGUCUGGACUUGACCCUUCCGUCAGAUCACCAUGGCCAUGGCCAAGGCCAGAAACCCCCGGGAGGCACUGCUGUGGGCCUUGAGUGACCUUGAGGAGAACGAUUUCAAGAAGUUAAAGUUCUACUUACGGGAUAUGACCCUGUCUGAGGGCCAGCCCCCACUGGCCAGAGGGGAGUUGGGGGGCCUGAUUCCGGUGGACCUGGCAGAAUUACUGAUUUCAAAGUAUGGAGAAAAGGAGGCUGUGAAAGUUGUCCUCAAGGGCUUGAAGGUCAUGAACCUGUUGGAACUUGUGGACCAGCUCAGCCACAUUUGUCUGCAUGAUUACAGAGAAAUAUACCGAGAGCAUGUGUGCUGCCUCGAGGAAUGGCAGGAAGCAGGAGUCAAUGGCAGAUACAACCAGGUGCUCCUGGUGGCCAAGCCCAGCUCAGAGAGCCCAGAAUCACUUGCCUGCCCCAUCCCGGAGCAGGAGCUGGACUCUGUCAUGGUGGAGGCUCUAUUUGAUUCAGGGGAAAAGCCCUCCCUGGCCCCAUCCUUAGUUGUGCUACAGGGGUCGGCUGGCACUGGAAAGACAACUCUCGCCAGAAAAAUGGUGUUGGACUGGGCCACCGGUACUCUGUACCCAGGCCGGUUUGAUUAUGUCUUUUAUGUAAGCUGCAAAGAAGUGGUCCUGCUGCUGGAGAGCAAACUGGAGCAGCUCCUUUUCUGGUGCUGCGGGGACAAUCAAGCCCCUGUCACAGAGAUUCUGAGGCAGCCGGAGCGGCUCCUGUUCAUCCUGGAUGGCUUUGAUGAGCUGCAGAGGCCCUUUGAAGAAAAGUUGAAGAAGAGGGGUUUGAGUCCCAAGGAGAGCCUGAUGCACCUUCUAAUUAGGAGACAUACACUCCCCACAUGCUCCCUUCUUAUCACCACCCGGCCCCUGGCUUUGAGGAAUCUGGAGCCCUUGCUGAAACAAGCACGCCAUGUCCAUAUCCUAGGCUUCUCUGAGGAGGAGAGGGCCAGGUACUUCAGCUCCUAUUUCACGGAUGAGAAGCAAGCUGCCCGUGCCUUCGACAUUGUACAGAAAAAUGACAUUCUCUACAAAGCGUGUCAGAUUCCAGGCAUUUGCUGGAUGGUCUGCUCCUGGCUGAAGGGGCAGAUGGAGAGAGGCAAAGCUGUCUUAGAGACACCUAGAAACAGCACUGACAUCUUCAUGGCUUACGUCUCCACCUUCCUGCCGCCCGAUGAUGAUGGGGGCUGCUCCGAGCUUUCCCGGCACAGGGUCCUGAGGAGUCUGUGCUCCCUAGCUGCUGAAGGGAUUCAGCACCAGAGGUUCCUAUUUGAAGAAGCUGAGCUAAGGAAACAUAAUUUAGAUGGCCCCAGGCUUGCUGCUUUCCUGAGUAGUAACGACUACCAAUUGGGACUUGCCAUCAAGAAGUUCUACAGCUUCCGCCACAUCAGCUUCCAGGACUUUUUUCAUGCCUUGUCUUACCUGGUGAAAGAGGACCAAAGCCGGCUGGGGAAAGAGUCCCGCAGAGAAGUGCAAAGGCUGCUGGAGGUAAAGGAGCAGGAAAGGAAUGAUGAGAUGACCCUCACUAUGCAGUUUUUAUUGGACAUAUCGAAAAAAGACAGCUUCUCGAACUUGGAGCUCAAGUUCUGCUUCAGGAUUUCUCCCUGUUUAGCACAGGAUCUGAAGCAUUUUAAAGAACAGAUGGAAUCUAUGAAGCACAACAGGACCUGGGAUUUGGAAUUCUCCCUAUAUGAAGCUAAAAUAAAGAAUCUGGUAAAAGGUAUUCAGAUGAACAAUGUAUCAUUCAAGAUAAAACAUUCAAAUGAAAAGAAAUCACAGAGCCAGAAUUUAUUUUCUGUCAAAAGCAGCUUGAGUCACGGACCUAAGAAGGAGCAAAAAUGUCCUUCUGUCCAUGGACAGAAGGAGGGCAAAGAUAAUAUAGCAGGAACACAAAAGGAGGCUUCUACUAGAAAAGGCAGAGGGACAGAGGAAACAGAUGAGGAAGUUAGGUGCAGUGGGAUGGGAAGCAGGGAAAUGGGGACAAUCACGCUGAAGGGUUGGAGGAAUGAAGGGGUGAAGGGACAGACAGGAAGAUGGGGAAAGACAGACAAAGUUAAAAAGGAUGGAGAGAGGAGAAUCAAGACUAAUGGGUACUAGAAGGAGUGAAGGACAAAAGAACGAAUAGAAAAGAGAAUUAGAUUCGAGACGAUCAGAAGAUAUAAACAUAGGACCUGGGCAAAUGUGCAGUGAGUCCUUAGGAACAGCCCCAUGCACCACCAAGUUCUUUAGUACCAUCCCCAGAGGCUGUUUAUGACUUCCUACAGUAUAGAGUACAGUUUCCAUAGCUCCUCUUAUAUGUUAAUGACCAAGCAUUUGAUUCUGACAUUUUACUCUUUCCUAUACAAUAUACUAUUUCCUGGUUAUUUCAGAGAGGGCUUCUGGAAACAUUUCCAGGAAUUGUUUUUACAGCCUAAAGCUAUAGGGAUACAGACAUGUAAGAAAGGCAAGGAUUAUACAUUUUGAAUUCAUCAUGCUGUGUCCAGACCUGUGCAAAAACCUGGCAUAGAAUACUGUAUAGUAAAGGUUUAUUGAAUGUGUGUCUAGGGACCUCUUUGUCCUCAAUCUGAAAUUAAGUUUAUAUAAUUAAAGAUUUUGAUACAUGGAUGUUGGCAAUUGGGAGAAGGAAAGGAUAAAUUUGGAGUUACAUACCAAGGCUCCACCAGAUGAAAAUAGUGCCUGACUGUGGAUUUCACGGGCAACAAAAGCAAAUGUAACACAAGAACUUAUAUUGGUGUUAUAAGCAUGUCAAAAUUAUGCAAGAGAUAAUAUAACAGUUUUAUGGGCUAGAAAUAAUAAACAUAAAUUACUUAUAGUCAUUAUUGCUAGUUGAAUAUGCACAAAAUAUCAUUGAGGUGAGAAUCAGUGUGUUUUACUGGAAAGAUUAGGAACACUGGUUCUAAUAAACCUGGUUCUAAAUACUGGAUCUAAAUACUGGAUCUGCCAUUUUCUAGCUAUAUACCUUUGCUCAAUUCUUUUCCAAGAGUCAGUUUAAAACAAUUUAUAAAAUAAGAAUUGUAACAUUUAUAAUUUGGGGAAAUAUAAGGUUUAGACCUACUACUGCUACUGCUACUAGAGUAGCAGAAACCAUGACAAUAAUAAAAGCUAACACAUUUUAGAGCUGUUGUUGUGUGCCAGGUUUUGGGCAAGCAUUUACAUACACAUACAGUUUAGUUUUCUCCCAUUUUAAAAAUGUACAUAAAUGUUCUGUUGUGUCUUGGCCUCUUCCCCUCAAUAUCUAGUUUUUAUAUGUUACACAUAAUGUUGCCAUAAUUAUUUUGAAUGUCUUUUUCUGCACAUAUAUAUUCAUUUGUGUUGGAUAUACCUAAAACUGGAAUUUCCAGGUCAAAGGAUAUAUAUGUCUUUGGCUAUAGAAGAUAAAAGUGAACAAUUUUUU